AUGCCAUCCGUUGCAGCUGAUUCUGUUGAAAUUCCUGACUUGAGCAAGAAGUAUAUAAUGUGGGCGAAAGUAAAAUCAGCCGGUGUUGAACUUUCGCUGCCUCUUGAUAGUUGUUGCUCAGUGUCGCUUUGUAGUUUGAUCCAUGCUGAACGUGUCCAACAAAUGCAUCCAGACUUGAAAAUGACUAAGCUUACCAAGCCAGUUGCAAUUAAUGUUGCUAAUGAAGAUGCUGUUUUACAAGGGAUUGCCCUACAAGAUAUUCCUAUUACCUGGGGCCCUGGGAAAUCUUCAGUACAUACCAUGUUGGUUGUACCCAAGUUAGCUUGGCAUGUUUUGUUUGGUAACAAUCAUUUGGAAGCCACAGAUGCAAUUGUUAAACACCAAGAACGAAUUGUAAGUUUUACACAUCCCCAAAUGAAGUUUGCUAUAAAGUGCCCACGGGAACCUCCUGUCCGUCCUUCUGGAAGAGUCGAAACCAAUGUCGUAUCCUUGAGUACAGUAGUAGAAACCCCUCAAAAACUAUCACCUGGGAUUAACAUCAAAGUCUGUGUAAUUGUUGCUACUAUUGGCAGUAUGAUCCUUUCACCUGCCUUGUCUAGUAUGAUAGCCGACACAAUACAGUCAUUGGGUAAUCGAAGUUGGAUUGAAGCUAGCCCUCUUUUUACCACCACAUAUGCACAUGUUAUUCCUGGUCCGAUUAACCUUGAUCAAAUACAGCACGAGACUAAUGCAUUUAAGACCACUUUUGUCAAUGUUAAAUGCAGUAGUAGCAAGUUUCUUGAAGAACCCAACAAUGUAGAAAUUGAACCAGAGCAGAAGUUUUAUGUCAACCUUGCUGUAUAUAACCAAAGCAAGCAUACCAAGACUUUACCUGUUGGUGUGAUUGCCGACAUCACACCAAUGACUGAUGAACAUCAAGCUGACUUCUCAAAAGCAGCAUCCGAAACAGCCUCAGAUAUGGCUUGUGAAGCUGUUGAACAACUUGAGCAAGUACAAUUACAUCAAAACCUUUACCGUAUAGCUCAACACAAGCAAGCAACAGUUUGUCAUGAUACUUUACCCCAUCCAUUUCAAAGUUUUAACCCACUCCAUGCCCAGAAAGAGAUGAAUAUUGCAUUUCGUAAAAACAAAGAACCAAGUUUUAGUCAAUUAACUAACCUUUACUGUGCAAAUCAUUUGAUAUUGAGUGAUGAGAGCCGUGAUUUACCUCCUUUAAGUGACACCACGUUAGAUCCAUUCUCUGAAGAUUACAAAGAUAUGGUUGUUGAAGCCAUCCAUUUGCAUGACAAUUGCAAUCUCACCACUACACAAAAAACUGAACUUGAGUCUCUUAUUCGCGAACACGCCCAUGUUUUUAUGUUACCAGGAGCUCCAUUUCGCGGAGUUAACCAUGUCGAACACAGUAUUGAGACUGGUGAUGCUAAACCCCAAUACUCAACGCCAUAUUCCCACUCUCCUGUUCAAUUACAGCUUAUCAAACGAGAAAUUCAAAAAAUGGUUGAACAAAACAUUUUAGAACCAUCAACAUCUCCCUGGGGUGCCCCUUGUUUAUUGGUUAAAAAGAAAACGGAACAUGGUCUACAAGUGACCCCCCGUCUUGUUUGGGACUAUCGCAAACUGAACAAAGUUACAAAACCUGAUGUCUACCCACUUCCUCAUGUGCAAAUGAUCCUUGACCAACUAGGUGGAAAGAAAUGGUUCACUAAGUUGGACUUGUUUAGUGGAUUUUGGCACAUUCCCAUAACCCCAAAGGACAGAGAGAAAACAGCGGUUAUAACUCAUGUUGGACUUUAUCAGUUCAAAAAACUUCCAUUCGGUCUCCGUAACGCCCCUGCGAGUUUUCAGCGUCUAAUGAACUCCACUUUUGCCGACAUGCUUUUCCCUGCUGACGAAGCACCUUACCUGUCGCCUAAGUGGAUGAUAUAUUGUGUCACAGUACCAAAUGGACCGACCACCUUACCCACCUCGAACGUGUUUUGAAGCGAUGUGAUAAAGUAGGUCUUUCGCUUAAACCUUCAAAGUGCAGUUUUGCUAGUCAUAGCCAGGAAUUUCUCGGCUAUGUAAUCUCCAAAGACGGUCGUGCGCCAGAUAAAGAUAAAAUACAAGCUGUUGCGUCUUUCCCUCGACCAACUUGUGUAUCAGACGUUCAAAAGUUUCUUGGACUUGCCGGAUAUUAUCGUGAACACAUACCACAUUUCGCAACGUCCUCUUUUAACCUCCGAAAACUACUCAAGAGUCAAAGUGUUUUCCAUUGGGGAGAUCAAGAACAGAAGGAAUUUGAUUCCUUAAAACAGGCCUUAUGCUCGGACAAGGUUCUUCUUCAUCAUCCCAACUGGGAGCGUAACUUUAUUGUUCAGACUGAUGCAUCAUCUAAAGGCCUCGGAGCCGUGUUAUCACAAAUUGGACCUGACAACAAAGAACAUCCUGUACGUUAUGCUAGUCGAGCCCUUCAAGUCCCAGAGUCCAAAUGGACAACCCGUGAACAGGAACUGUUAGCCGUUAUUUGGGCUUGCGAGACAUUUCAUCGUUAUCUUUGGGGACGUAAAUUUCUUAUUCAAACGGAUCAUGCAAAUCUUCAGUGGCUCCAAGCUGUUAGCCCACAAAAGAGUCGUUUAGCUCGUUGGGCAAUGCGCCUAGCUGAGUACGAUUUCGAAUUGCAACACCGUUCAGGAAAAAACAAUGCAAACGCUGAUGCCCUUUCCCGAUGUCCAAUUCCCCUCAGUAGUACUUCAGCCGAAUCUACAAGCUCGAGUGAAAUGGAAUCUUUGAUGGAUGUAAAAACACUAGUUGUUCUCGAGUCAUGUCUCGAUGUUGAUGUUGAUUUAUCGCCAGAGAAUGAGUUAGCACAAGAUCAGUUAAUUGCCCUGAAACCUUCCUUGUUUGAAUUCAGAGAAGAACAACGUUUAUGUCCUGAAUUGAUGCCAAUCAUUCAGUAUCUAACAGAUCUAAGUCCAGAACAGUCUCCUGAGAAGCAUUCAAAAUUUCAAGGAUACGAGGUCAAUUACAAUGAUGGUUGUUUAUAUUACAAUGAUAUUACUGAUCCAGACAAUAGACCCCUUCUGGUGGUGCCUGCCACACUACGGCGUCAAUUUAUGUAUGCACAUCACAAUGCCCCCUUGUCUGGUGGACAUAGAGGACGUGAUUCAACUCUAUCUUCUCUUCGUCAAAAGUACUAUUGGCCUGGAAUGGUCCGCGACGUCCGCAAAUGGGUACGAAAGUGUAUUGCUUGUGUAAAACGGAAAGCCUCACAAGUGAAGCAAGGACUAAUGCAAAUUCGAACAUAUUCAGAACCUUGGGACACUGUUGGAAUCGACUUGAUUGGUCCUUUCCCUGAAACGAAGACAGGAUACAAAUACGUUCUAACCGUUACAGAUUUCUUUAGUCACUACACAAUCGUUGCCUCCUUGUCAGACAAAUCUGCAAGAACCGUAGCAUAUAACCUUUUCAACCAUGUAAUUUGCGUGCACUCCUGUCCUAAGAAGUUUAUGAGUGACCGUGGAACUGAAUUUCUGAACGAUAUCAUAAAUGAACUUUGCCAACUCCUUUCCAUUAAGAAAGUGUACACAAGUGCUUAUCGACCGCAAGCGAACGGAGGAACCGAACGUGUUCACCGUUUCAUUAACGAUAGUGUUUCAAUGUAUAUUACAAAGUUUGCACGAGAAUGGGAUCUUUGGAUAUACGCAAGUGCAUUUGUGCACAAUACUUCUGUCAUCACUGGCACAGACGGACUUACUCCUUUCUUUCUUAUAUUUGGACGAGAACCGGUUAUGCCAACUGACGUAAUGUUGUCUCCAGUUGUUGUGAUACCACAAGACCAGAAAACUUAUACCAAAGAAUUGCUCAUGAAACUCUCUAAAGCUCGUGAAUCUCAGAAAGAUUACUACGAUCUAGGCCGAAAAACAACUCAAUUCCUAGUUGGUGACCUUGUUGUAGUUCGUCGGACUCAGCGCAGCGGUCAAACAGGAAUCGCAGCCAAAUGGCUACCCCGAUGGACUGGCCCAUACCGCAUUGUAGAACAAAUGCCAAAUGGUGACAAUUAUCGAUUGGAACAUGUCGAAACUGCGAAAAUACUCGACCCAACCAAUGUGGACAAAUUGAUCAAAGUUGAACCCUGGUCAGUCAACGAAUCUAACCCCGGACAAACCAAUCCAAACGAAGAAGAGGACACCCCGACCGAAAUCUCACAAUCCCAUCGCAACCCGCAGUUUGAAAAUGGUUCGUUUAUUGUCUACGAAAAGCUUGGAGACUUUUUUGAUGACGACAUAAGAAUCAUGAUCGAAGAACUGCAUGCUUGGUUAAAAUCACAAAAAGACUAUAAGUCAUCAACCGGAGAAGCGUGCAAAUACCUUUACACAAAAAAUCCCGAGUUCAAAAAGAUUCUUCAAAGCAUUGGUGGAAUUCGUCAGUUGCUGAUUCAUACACCAUCGAUACAGUUUGAGAUGCCUGACGCAACCGGUGGAAAAAACUCUCUGAAACUGUUGGAUGCCAGUCAAUAUGUUGGAUGCCAGUCAAUGCCAGGCAUAGAGUGUUAUGUUCUAUUGAGUUAG